AUGGAUUGGGUACCUAAAUUUGAGAAUCUUACAUUAAAUGUCAAUCAACUCAUUGUAAACUAUCUUCAUGAAAUAUCAGACAAAAUGAUAAACAAUUUUAAAAGAAUUGGAUAUGAAUAUCACGGAGCUACUUUUAAAGCAACAAAAAGACAAUUCUGUCUUAUUAAAUCAACAAAACCAACUACACCAGACAUUAUAAAAACUCCAACACCACUUGUAGUAUCAAUAAUAGCAUUGACCACCAACAACCCAACACUUCCAUUUUAUUUAAUCGAGAAGAUUGUCAGAUACUCAUGGAACAGUUAUUAUUGUACUUGUGAAAUUGAAAAUUUGCCUACAGACUAUCAUGAUUAUAUCAAGAAGUCUAAAGAAUUCAUCGUCGCCAGAUCAAAGUGUCCAAUACACAAGGAUAGAGUACCAAAUAUCGAUACAUAUCGUGAAGUUAUACCCAAACAAAUCAAUCAUCUUCGAUAUGGAUUAUCAAUCGCAGGCAAGAGAUUAUUUGAAUAUAUUUCAAAACAUCUUGUCAAGCAAAUGGUAUUCACUUCAGAAGAAUAUUUACCAUUUAAACAUCGACAAUUUGAAAAUCAAUAUUGUCUAAUAACUAUUCUAAAUUACAAAAAUAUACGACUUAGAAAAUUAUACUAUAAUUACAACGACAACCAAUUUCUAUUCCAACAACAACAAGAUGGUGAUAAUGAUGAUCCAAAUAGUUGGCCACUCUUACAAUCAUUGGAAGCAGUAUCAAUCAUCUCAUUUGAUGUCAUUCCAAUAUUGGAUAGAUUACCAAAACUCAGACAUCUUAGAAUCAUUAUCGAGAAUCAGGGAUUGGCAGACCAACAGCAACUUCAAUUGUUUAUUCUUCCAUCUGGCAUUACCAAACUAUCAUUCAUCGAUCAUGGUAUUGCCAAAAUCAGCAAAAACAAUCCACAAAUGGUACUUAGAUGUGAUGUACCAGCUCCAGGUACUCAUGUCAUCACAGAACCUCGAUUUGACACUCUAAGAGAAUUACAUCAGCGGACUUCAGCAGAGCUUAGACAUAGAUGCAGGCAAUUGCGUUUAACAUAUGAAUCGAAUGCAUUUGCAAUCCAAGACAUACUGCGCAAGAACAAGGAAAAGAAGAAAAAGGAGAAACAGUUUACAACAACAAAGAAAAUAAAACAUAACUCGAUGAAUGAUUACAAUCGAGGUGCAUUAGAGUAUGCUCUGCCUUGGCAUAUCGUACAAACAAUAUUGAAACUUGCUUCUCAAUACCAUUUUAUAUGUACAUGUGUCUAUACGGAUGAGUUAAAGAGAACUCUGAAAACGCAUCAAACCAGGGUAAACUCCACCGAACGACGUCAAGAUCAUCAACUCCGAUUCUUACUGCACACCAACAUGAUGUCUCAAAGCGAGGUGAAACAACAGUACUCUGUUCAAGAUCAAUUAUGUCCUCUUCAUCAAUUUAGUCUCGAUCAAGGUUGCGAUCUCGGUAUUGCUUAUCAACCACACUCUGUUCUCGAGAAUCCAUCAUGGUCUCAACAAGCACCACCACGUUAUGAUUGCAGAUGGUUGUGUAGUAUGGCAUUAUUAUGCAAGAGGGUAUUCUCGUUUAUAUCAACAACACUCUUUACUGAUAUUGUGAUGGAUCCGACAGCAGACACAUGGAGUCAUAUCACCAACAACCACUGUAUCAUCAAACAACCAAAGAUACUGACACUUGUAACUCCAUCAUCAUCAUCUGUUGACAAUCAACUCUUCUUCUUUACACAUCCCUCUUCUUCAUCAGCGGCUAAAGAGUUUCUAAAGAAUGUCGAAAAGAUAUACAUCAAUAAUCCACAUAUUGUUGAAAAUGUAUCAACUGUUGAAUCGUUGAUCAACUUGUCGCCAUCACUUCGAUCACUCACUAUCAAUUGUGAUCUUGACCGGAUAGUGUCUAUUAAACUCUUUAAAGGAUCAUUGAAAUCAAUUCCAUCAAUCAAAAUGAAUGUCAUUUUUUUGGAUGGUGGUAUUCAGAUACCCUCUACGAUUGUUCAACCAUUAUCAUGUUUUACAAAGAUUAUUCUUCCCUAUCCAUUUGAUUGGAAUAGUGUAGACGUUGGAGUCAAACAAAAUCUUCAAGUCAUUUCAUUGGAUCAAUACCCAAUCAACCCAAUCGAUUCUUUCCCAGCCCUCAGACACAUACACACCAAACUGGAUAAUCACAUUCAGAAAAAUAACAUUCCAAAAAGAGUUGAUACAAUCACAUAUCUUGAUACCCUUUCAUUGGAUGUGAUAAAUACUCUUUCCAAUUUGAAUAUUUCAACACUACGAGUCAUGCCGUUUGGUUUGGAACAGAUUUUACAGUUAAACAAGAUUACAUCUCUCAAAAAGAUCGUACUAGUCGCAACAAAUAUCAUCUACGGUGAUGUUUGCCAAACAGAAAUCAAUCAUUUUCAUGCAAUGGGAUUUAAUUAUAUUGGUUCAUCAUUCCAAGUCCAAUCAAAAACAAAGAAAUUAACAUUUAUUAAAAAUGAUUAUGAAACAAAUAAUAAUAAUAAUAAUAAUAAUAAUAAUAAUAAUAAUAAUAAUCAAAAGUCUAUCACAACAGUAUCAUCAUCAUUAUCAUCCCCAAUCAACAAUAAUAUUAUUCUACCAAAUAAUAUUAUCAACAAAAUCGUUGGAAUGACAUGGAAAUUAAGAGAACGGUGUACAUGUGUUUAUGAAAAGGAAACGAUUCAAAAAUGGAUUGAAAUUGGAUAUGAUAUUCUUAGAGAUGAUCAAGAACUAGAUAGAUUCAAUCAAAUGAAGAAAAAUUGUCCAACUCAUUUCUCACAACCUACCCAACACCUGUAUAAACCAUUGACAUAUGAUUUGAAAAGUAGUAAUCGAUCUAAACUACAAUUGACACUUAUCAGCAAAGAUGUAUUCGAGUAUGUCACCAAGAAUUGUUUCUCAACAGUCAUGCUUGACUUUUGUGAAAGUGGAAAAGCUUACUCUAGACAUAACCCUUAUUGUGUUGCAUUCAAACACUUUACAACUAUACAAUGUGAUGACACUAUUACCAGACACAGGGAUACUCACAUGGUCCUCCAAACUAUCAAAGACCAUCUACCAUACAUUACCAAAGUAGUUUUAUUUAGUGGGAUCUAUCUACAAAGCAUUAUUAAGCUACUACCCAACCUCACUAGUAUUGAUAUCUCCAAAAAAAACGAUGGAAAUGAUAUAGUGGACAUAAGAAAUCUUCACCAACUCAAACACCUCACUAAAUUGGAUAUAUCUCAUCAUCAAAUAGUGAAGCAAUUAUUGUUGGAUGAAAUCAAAGAUAUGUCUCUCAAAAAACUAUGUAUUGGGUUUGAUAUUAUGCCUCGUGUUGAUCAACUCCCACUCGGAUUAAAACAAUCUAUUACAAAGAUUACCUAUACCUCUGGUCUGGAUCAAUUUCCAAACCUAAAUCAUGUUGUCAUAAACUAUAUGGGUGAUGAUAGACUAGACUAUAAAUUACCAAAUACCGUUACAAAAGUUACAUCGUAUCGCUAUCAAACUGGCUUUCUAGCUCACAACAAAUCUGUCAGAAAACUUAAACUCCAAGGCUAUCCAUUCGGUGACUAUCGCAAACAAUUUGACGGAUUUCUAAAAAAGAUUUCAUCAUCUGAUUAUUCUCAUCUCCAAACUCUUAUCUAUUGUUGCAACAUAUAUAAACCUUUCAGCAUUCACUAUGAUUUUUACAAAUAUUCAAAGUAUCGAAUCGAUUAUAGUCAGACUAGUUUGGAUGACAACUCAACUCAAUAUAUAAAACUAUCAAGAAUGAAUAAUCCAGAUAAAAAAUCGAAUCAUCAUAAUGAUCACUGUAACAUUAUGUAG